CCAAAACCUCGCCCUAAGUGAUAAUUACUCCAUCAUCGACAUCGGCCUUGCGACUUUAAGUCGGGGACUUGAGUGAGUCACAUCAACAUCAUGCCAGCCACGACCAGAAGUAAAAGCAAGCAAUCGCAUCUUGAGGACUUUGAGUCCAAUGCCUCCAAAGGGUCAAAGCAUACACAAAAUCCGCGAUCCAGACCUAGAACUAAUAAAAUCACCAAGAAAUCCUCAUCAUCCUCGGCGUCAGAGUCAAAGGAGAAGAAACGAAAGUCCAGCACACAUACCACCACCACCACCACCAUCACUUCAUCACCGCGCUCCAAGAAAUCACGACAAGGACACAUCGACAAAUCAUCCGGACCAGUCAAUUCUUCCAAACCAAGUCCGGACGCCAUCGAGGACGAGGACAACAGCAAUGACACCAUCACGAUCAACCGCUCGCCCGUCCUACAACUCUGGUCCGCCUGCGUGGCCCACCGCCUGUACCCGAAGCUGUCGUGGACCACGGACCUGGCCAUCGGGUCCGCCAUCUCCACCCUCUGCGCCAUCGCCAAGGGUAAAUCCGUCGGCACGAUCGACGAACGUGAAAGGUCACCGGAAGAGAAAGCCGAGCAGAAUGCGAAGCGUCGAGCAGCCGAGGCGGGGGCGGAUCGCGAGGUCCAGGUGAUGGGUUUCAGAUUGUACGUCGAGGGUGAAGACGUGAUGUUGCAAGGGAAACCUAAACACGGGAACGAGGGUCUGUUGAGGAGCAAAUUUGGUACCCCGGAAAACUACGAGCGGACCACAAAGGUCAUGCAAGAUGCCAUCGAGACGUGGACGAUGACGACCGGACGAGGACACGAAAAUGAAUUAAACUCAAAAGCUUUCCGCAUGUACGAACAGUUCAGACCGAGUGUGCAGAGUGGUCAAUCAGGCUGGGGGAAGAAGGGCGCAUUGAAGUUGACCAAGGUGAGGGAAGUCGUUGCAAGAUGACACGUGCAUGUCUAUCAAGAAAUGCUCCUGGGGUAUACGCAAGAAGGACGAGGGUGACACUCUUUGCUGACUUCUAUGUGGUCAUGAGGUCCUCUUGGUAUAUAUACGUACAUGUUCAAG